GGCCAAAAACAGCAAUAUAUACAGCAGCAGUUAAAAUGCUUAUGGGUGAAGAUUCUGCAAAAUAUAGUAGACGACCAGAAAUAAUAGCAGAUGCAGCCUACUAUAUUUUAAUUCAAGAUCCAAAAUCAUGUACUGGUAAUUUCUUUAUUGAUGAGGAUGUGCUUAGAACAAAUGGAGUAUCAAAUUUUAAGCAAUACGCUUGUUUUCCAGAAAAUUCAGACCAACUAAUCCUAGAUUAUUUUGUGGAUGACAAUAUUGAUGCAAUAGAAUCCCCAAAUACAUUUCUGACCCAAAAUGUCAAUGAAAAGUGGGGCCAGGUUGAUGACAAGAUUGCAGAAUUAUUUAAAACAAUUGAAACUAAUUUGACAUUGGAUACUGUUACAGAAACGCAAGCUGUAUAUCAAUUUUAUGUAACUGGAUGUGAAUCUGGAAAAUGGUACAUAGACUUGAAAACAGGGAAGGGAUGUUGUGGAAAAGGAGAAGCACCUACUUCGCCAGAUGCUGUUCUUACAAUAGAUAGUGAACAAUUUUUUAACAUGUUUAAUGGGAAAUUGAAACCAGCUACAGCUUACCUAAUGGGAAAGUUAAAAAUUACCGGUAAUUUACAAAAAGCUUUGAAACUUGAAAAACUAAUGACUAGUUUGAAAUCCAAAUUGUAGUAUCUACUAUAUAAGAUGUUUGGUGUAUUAAAUGCUUUCAUUCA